AUGGCAACGCCAGCAGAAAUCUUAGCAUUGGAGCAAAUAAGAAUGCAUCUUCUCGAAGAGUUUUCUACUAGAGAAAUUUCAUUUGCUACUGAUGUCGAAAAUCAAAGCAGCUCUAACAUAGCUUUGUCGAUUUCUAGCUCUCUGACUCUAUCGGAUUCAUUUUGCCCGCAAUCUUCAAGCAAUGAAUCUCCGAUUUCUAACUCUGAUUACUCCACUAAUUUCUCCGAUUUUUCAAGCUCUCGAUCCUAUUUUUUCGAGCGAAGUCAAGUAAUAGAUUUCACUACACAAGGAGCACUAAAUUCUAACAAUCCGAAGCCUUCGCUGGACAUCAAAUUGCCAGCUGUCGAUGUAUCAGUGUCAACUCGGAAGAACUCAGUCGCGGAGGAGAAUCGGCAUUAUAGAGGAGUCCGACAGCGUCCGUGGGGCAAGUAUGCGGCGGAGAUCCGGGACCCCAAUCGGCGCGGCUCGCGUAUCUGGCUGGGGACAUUCGACACAGCCAUUGAGGCUGCAAAAGCCUACGACAAGGCGGCUUUUGAGCUGCGCGGCCGCAAGGCAAUUGUGAAUUUCCCUCUGGAGAUACAAAGCGUGGUGUUUCAAUCAUGCUCCCCCGUGGAUGUCGGACGGAAGCGGUCCAGUCGAGGAGAGAGGUGGAGGAGGAAGCUGCACUAG